AUGUCUUCUCUCUUGGAUGCUGUCCUGCACUCGGAUGCUGCGGCGACUCCCACCAGCACCGUCGGCGGACCCACACCUCGAUCAUCCGGCACACGCUUCUCGUCUGCAAGACCUCGCGGGCCACCUUCAGAGAGCAACGGCGCAAACAGUGACGUCGAAGCAUUCCCAGACGACGAAGUUGUAGGCACUCGGGGAGGCGCUAGACGGCCCAAUGCGCCCAGGACAGACAUUCCAAAAGUGGUGGAUGUCACUGGAGAGACCCUGUCGCUCCGAUUCCAGGAGUUUUUAGAAAACUAUACCGAAGACCCUUCGCCGUCAGCCCUGCCCGUCUCGAGCGUUGCGACAACGGACAAGUACUACGUAGCGCAAAUACGCGGCAUGAAGCUGUACCAGCUCUCCACCCUCUACGUCGACUACACACACCUCCUCCGCCACGAAGAUGGCAUCCUGGCAGCGGCCAUUGCCAGCGAGUACUACCGCUUCCUGCCCUAUAUGAUCCGCGCCCUUCACAGCUUGCUUGCCAAGUACGAACCACAGUACUUCCGCCAGCACCGCCAGCCAGAGUCGACUUCUUCUGUGACUGCUGCCUCGCUAGCCGAGAAUGCUACAAGCCAGAAUGAUAGUCUGAAGGAGAAGACUGCGAACCAGCAAACCGACAAGCUGUUCACCUUGGCUUUCUACAAUUUGCCCCUCGUCUCGCGCAUCCGCCAGCUGCGGACCACCUCCAUUGGCAGCCUGCUUUCCAUCUCAGGUACUGCCACCCGCACCUCCGAGGUCCGACCAGAGUUGUCCAUGGCAACCUUUGUUUGCGAGAUCUGCAACACAGUUGUGCCCAACAUCGAACAGACCUUCAAGUACACCGAACCAACACAAUGCCCCAACGUUACAUGUAUGAACCGAGAAGGCUGGCGAUUGGACAUCAGACAGUCCACUUUUGUGGAUUGGCAGAAGGUCCGCAUCCAGGAGAACAGCUCUGAAAUCCCUACAGGUAGCAUGCCUCGGACAAUGGACGUUAUUCUGCGAGGAGAGAUGGUUGAUCGCGCAAAGGCCGGAGAGAAGUGCAUAUUCACUGGAACUGCUAUUGUCAUCCCAGAUGUCAGCCAGUUCCGUGUACCAGGUGUCAGACCACAGGCAAUGCGAGACACUUCAAACACAUCACGUGGCAACGACGUUGGAGGCUCUGGAGUCAGCGGUCUCAAAGCGCUUGGUGUGCGCGACUUGACCUACCGCAUGUCCUUCCUCGCCUGCAUGAUCUCGCCUGAUCACACAACGCCAGGCCAAUCGUCAAAUCAUCAUCUUAACGGCCAAGCCAGCAACAUCCUCACUUCUUUGCACCAAGGCCAGAUCGAGCCGAACGCUACAUCUGGAGAGGAAGCGCAGGAAGAGUACCUUGCUACCCUUACUGCGGCAGAGAUCCAGGAUCUGAAAGAUAUGGUGCACAAGCCCAACAUCUUUAUGCGGUUGGUUGACUCAAUCGCUCCCAUGGUCUACGGUCACCAAGUCAUCAAGAAGGGUAUCCUUCUCCAAUUGAUGAGUGGUGUCUCCAAAGAGACACCUGAAGGCAUGUCUCUGCGUGGUGACAUCAACAUCUGUGUUGUUGGCGAUCCUUCAACAUCCAAGUCACAGUUCUUGAAAUACGUUUGUAGCUUUUUGCCACGCGCUGUCUACACAUCUGGUAAAGCCUCUUCCGCGGCAGGUCUUACGGCUGCAGUUGUCAAGGACGAGGAGACUGGCGAGUUCACGAUCGAGGCCGGAGCUCUGAUGCUUGCUGACAACGGCAUCUGCGCAAUCGACGAGUUUGACAAAAUGGACAUCGCCGAUCAAGUCGCUAUUCACGAAGCCAUGGAACAACAGACUAUUUCUAUCGCCAAAGCCGGCAUCCAAGCCACCCUGAAUGCUCGCACGUCAAUCCUCGCAGCCGCCAACCCUGUCGGUGGUCGUUACAACCGCAAGACCACACUCCGUGCCAAUGUCAAUAUGUCUGCACCCAUCAUGUCCCGAUUUGAUCUUUUCUUUGUCGUCCUCGACGAAUGCGACGAAGCUGUGGAUCGCCACCUUGCCGAACACAUUGUUGGGAUUCACAAAAAUCGCGACGAUGCCGUCAAUCCAGAGUUCACAACGGAGCAACUACAGCGCUACAUCCGCUUCGCAAAGACCUUCCGCCCUGAGUUCACAGACGAAGCGCGCGAGACGCUCGUUGAGAAGUACAAGGAAUUGCGUGCCGACGACGCCCAGGGCGGCAUUGGGCGGAACAGCUAUCGCAUCACCGUACGACAACUGGAGUCUAUGAUUCGCUUAUCUGAAGCUAUUGCGAAGGCGAACUGUGUCAGUGAUAUUACACCCGAGUUCGUCAAAGAGGCAUACAAUCUCCUCCGCCAGUCCAUUAUUUCUGUUGAGAAGGACGAUGUUGAGAUGGAAGACGAGGAUGACGAAGCGGUUCUCGCUGCCGCUGCAGCCGCCGAAGGCGAAGAUAAUGCCGCUAUGGACGAGCGCGCGCGUACAGAGACACCUGCGCCUGCACCGAGAGAGAAAACAAAGAUCACGCACGACAAGUAUGUUGCGAUGCGGAACAUGUUUGUGCGACGCGUCAACGAAGAUCAGGAGGAGACUCAGGAUGGCGUCGAAGAGGAGGAGCUGCUGGUUUGGUACUUGGAGCAGAAGGAGAAUGAGAUGGAGACACAGGAGGACAUGGAGGCGGAGAGAGUACUCGCUAAGAAGGUGCUGAAAAAGGUUGUCAAGGAGCAAUACCUCAUGCUGAUCCGGGGCGAGGGUCUGGCGGACGAGCAGGGCCAGCAGGCCGAUACUGGCGGUAAGGUCGUAUAUGUCCUGCACCCCAACUGCCCAGUCGAAGACAUUGUCUAA